CACAAACGACACAGCGGCAGCGAAUGAGAAAGGGCAGAGAGGAGAGGCUUAAAAGAAAGAGAAAAUAUAUGGAGAGUAAAAGGGUGUGAAGGGAAAGAAGCCACAUAGAAAGAGGGCAAUCAAGCAUCAGACGGCACUGUGUUAUUUCAUCAGGUGGUCAGUGGACUCACCGAGGGGGGGAUUAUGUCCAAACCUUCGACCAACGUGAAAGCCUUGCAGGCUAAUCUGAACAUCCCGAUGGGAGCUCUGCGUCCAGGGGCAGGACUUCCUGUCAAGAGGAGAGAGGAGACAGUGGACACAGAAGAGGGUCAACCACAAGAACCACCGCUGAGCCCAGUAACACCAGAGGAGAAGAAAGCUUUGCCGGGGGCAGUGAAGUUACCGGGUCCGACCGUUAACCUAUCAGAGCUACAAAACAAAAAGAAUGAACUGCGAUGGGUCACCAAGGACUAACAUAUAGGUUUCUCUGUGGGUUAAAAUGGUUAAUGAUAAAAGUUACAACCAUCCAUCCAUCUUCUCCUGCUUACUCCGUCAGGAUCACGGUGGGGCCCGUGCCUAUCUAGCUAUCUAUGGGCGUAAGGCGGGGUACACCCUGGACAGGUCACCAGUCUGUCACAGAAGCUACAACCUAUUCAGUCAAUAAGUAUUGGAAUUGUCUUUGAAUUAUGAAUAAAACAACAGUUAAUCUUUUGUUCUAAAUGAAUGUGUGAAAAGAACAAAAAAAGUAUAAAAAACAAAAUGUCAAAAAUCACA